CCAAACGUGCACGGUCGAGGAGAGGUAGCGGCGGAACCGGGGCGCCUGGAGCGCGAAGCGGCGUCUCCCCGGGCGGCGCCGGAACCCCCGGCCAGCCCGCGAAGGAGCGGAUGGACGGGCUCCAAAACGUCGGCGAAGCCGCGCAGCUGCAUCUGGCCACCCUCUUCCUGGCCAGGACGGCCCUUCCACAAAGGAGCAGGGAGGCUCAGUGGGAAGCUGCUUUCUCUCCAGAGGCAGCGCACGUGGGCGUCUCAGCGUGGUAGGCCCCUCUUCUGCUGGUUCCGCCGAGUGGGAAGCCUCACAACCCAGGACGCUGCAAGCAAGAGCAGCUUCUGCUGUUGGGGAAGUGAAAGUGGGGUCUCUCCUUUCCCUGUCUUCACUUCUUUGGAGGCCAGAAGAUCGAGGGGUCCCCACCCCCAGACCCAAUUUCUUCAGAAGCCAGGCACAGUUGCAACCAGGUGCCAGCAGCAACAGAGCUGAGUGGGAGCAACAUCAGGGAAAGGAAGAAGAAGAAGCACCGCUGUUUAACUUGCUUUGAGAAAACCUCUUCAUUAGCCUCAUUUGGCAACGCCCCAGCAGGCACCAGCGCAGACCGAGGAAGCGGGCAUUUGGCACUUGGGAAUGCUCUGAGCCACCAGCCACUGAGUGUCAUCAGGCUCCGCUGCUGCCAGCCUCACUGCUUGCUCACUCAGUGGUCUUGGGCUGGGCCUCAGUCGCCUGCUGUGCAGCCAGCUCUCCCCAGACUCCAGCCCUGCUCCCAGCCAGAAUGAACGAAAUCCUGGACCCGGCGUCCCAGGCCAACCUGGGGGUCGUCUCCAAGGUGGAGCUCCGCGUCUGCUGCAAGCACCUCCUUGACCGGGACACCCUCAACAAAUCGGACCCCUGCGUCGUCCUCCUCAUGCAGUCCCAAGGACAGUGGGUCGAGGUGGACAGGUCCGAGGUCAUCAGAAGCAACCUGAACCCCGUUUUCGCCAAGGUGUUCAUGGUGGACUAUUACUUUGAGGAGGUGCAGAAGCUGCGCUUCGAAGUCUAUGACAUCCACGGGCACGGCGGCCUGGGCACCCACGAUGACGACUUCCUGGGAGGCAUGGAGUGCACGGUGGGGCAGAUUGUGGCUCAAAAGCGGGUGAGCAAACCGCUCUUUCUCAAGUAUGGGAAAUCUGCCGGCAAGUCCACCAUCACAGUGACCUCGGAAGAGAUUUCUGGAGACAAUGGCUUUGUGGAGCUCUUCUUUCGGGCAAAGAAGUUGGAUGACAAGGAUCUUUUCAGUAAAUCAGAUCCCUUUCUGGAAAUCUACCGGAUCAAUGAUGAUGGAAGUGAGCAGCUGGUACACCGGACUGAGUUUGUCAAGAACAACCUUAGCCCCAUUUGGGAGCCCUUCAAAGUGUCCCUGAACUCCCUCUGCAGCUGUGAAGAGAAGCGGAAGCUGAGGUGUGUCGUCUUCGACUAUGACUCCCGAGGGAAGCAUGACUUCAUCGGGGAGUUCUACACCACUUUCGAGGAGAUGCAGAAAGCCACAGGCGGCAACAAGAUCCAGUGGGACUGCAUGAAUCCCAAGUACAAACUGAAGAAGCGGAACUACCGAAAUUCGGGUGUGGUCAUUCUCCUGGACCUGAAGAUCCACAGGGUUUACUCCUUCCUGGACUACAUCAUGGGCGGCUGCCAGAUCCACUUCACGAAGCAGGCGGCAGAUUGCGUUUUGAAAGAGCAUCUCCUUCCUGGAGUGAGUCAGUUCCAGAACAUGGUGGCCAUUGACUUCACAGCCUCCAAUGGGGACCCCCGAAACAGCUGCUCCCUGCACUACAUCAACCCUUACCAACCCAACGAAUACCUGAAGGCCCUGGUGGCCGUGGGGGAGAUUUGCCAAGACUACGACAGUGACAAGAAAUUCUCUGCCUUGGGCUUUGGGGCAAGGAUCCCCCCCAACUAUGAGGUCUCCCAUGAUUUUGCCAUUAACUUCAGUGCCGAGGACGAUGAGUGUGAAGGCAUCCAGGGGGUGGUGGAGUCUUAUCAGAGCUGCUUGCCCAAGAUCCAGCUCUACGGCCCAACCAACGUGGCGCCCAUCAUCUCCAAAGUGGCCAAAGUAGCCGCGAACGAAGAAAAGACCCAGGAAGCUUCGCAAUACUUCAUCCUGCUGAUCUUAACCGACGGGGUGGUGACCGACAUGGCCGACACGCGGGAAGCCAUCGUCCGGGCCUCCUAUUUGCCCAUGUCCAUCAUCAUUGUGGGGGUGGGCAACGCCGACUUUACCGACAUGCAGAUCUUGGACGGGGACGAUGGGAUCCUUCGCUCCCCCAAGGGCGAGCCUGUCAUGCGGGACAUCGUGCAGUUUGUCCCCUUCCGAGAGUUCAAGAAUGCGUCGCCCACCGCCUUGGCCAAGUGUGUGCUGGCAGAGGUGCCCAAGCAGGUGGUCGAAUAUUACAGCUCCAAGGCCUUACCCCCCCGUGGCCCCAAAGGGAGCACCCCUGGCUCUGCUUUGAACUCGCCGCAGUGAACCCGCAGUGACCCCAUCUGCCCACCUGCCUCCGUCUCCCCUCCUUGUGCUCGUCCUCCAGAAAGCAAGACCCACCGAGAGCUUCUCUUUCCACCGCGUAGCGCAGGACGUCUUCUGCACCCCCCGGCUGUUUGGGCACCAGGACAGCGAAGUUGUGCAAGAGGCCAGCAAGUCCAGGAAAGGCCCUGAGAUGAGGGAGGGCAGACGGGGAUAGAGAGUGAGCGGCAGGCGCUCCAAGCUGGACAAUGCCAAAGAGGCAGCAGGAUUGCAAAGGAAAGAGAGAGGCAGGAAAGAGGCAGAAGCAGGCCGAGAGGGGAAGUGGGUGCCCUUUGCCCCUCAUCACUGUCGUUCAGAUACAUCCACGCAGACCGAGAAAGCUCCUCUUCGCCCUUCCUUUUGGUCUCUCUCAGGCAGGGGAAUAAACUUCUGUAUGUUUUACAGCACACGCACCCCUUGAACUGCUCAAGGGAACAGCAGCGCCCCUCCUCUUUGCAAUGGGGCGCCUUGGAAACGAAGUAAAUAAAGUAGGGGCAUUCUGGGCAGGGGGGCAGAAAACAGAGGCACCCCAAGGGGCUGAACUUCAUCGAGUGGGUGGGGAAGACCCCCAGGAUGGGCCCCGAGCCUGCCUUCCACAGAGGCGCCGAGGUCCAUCUCUGGAGGGUUCCAACUCUUGGAACCGCAGCACCGGCAGCUCUUCCCACAGCAGCCCCUUGGCAAAGUGGGGUGCAGCAGAGAAACCCUUGCCACCCCUGGUUGUCUAGGCCCCUCCCUUCUGUGUGCAGAGAGGGCUCCGAUGGUGAUGAGGCCGCCUCUUGGCGUGGCACAGGGGCACGGCCAGGUCAAAGGACCUGGUCCAUGUUGCGAAGGUGCUUCGGUCCAUUUCACAACCGCCUCCUGUGCACGAAGCAGUUCGGGUCUGGGGGCCCUUUUCCCCUGUGUCCCCUGUGGUUGUCUUUUGCUGUGAUGUGUCAUUUGCUGAUGGUUGCAUGAGAAAUCCUAAAUGUACCCAGGAAGACGGCCAAAUAAAAAAAGAGAU